AUGGUUAUUCUUCAUUUCAUCUUUGCUUUUACAUUUCUCUUACUUUUUCUCUUCAUAACUUUCUUGUCUUCCCUCAUACUCAAAAUCUUCACAGGCAAGUCCAUCAGAGAUCCAAGUUAUCCGCCUGUAAAAGGCACCGUUUUUCACCAGCUCUUAUACUUCACAAGACUCUAUGACCACCAAACCCAAAUUGCCAGAGAAACCCCUACUUACCGCCUUCUUGCUCCUAGCCACUGUGCUGUAUACACAUGUGAUGCACGAAACAUAGAGCAUGUCCUAAAAACCAAAUUUUCCAGUUAUACUAAAGGUGAAUAUAAUCAACUUAUAAUGGGUGAUACUUUUGGUCAUGGGAUAUUUGUUGUUGAUGGAGAGAAGUGGAGACAGCAGAGGAAGCUCGCCAGCCUGGAGUUCUCAACCAGGAUUCUUAGAGAUUUUAGCUGCUCUGUGUUUAGAAGAAAUGCAGCCAAACUGGUUAAAGUUAUUCAUGAGUUUGCAGAUUCCAGUUGUGCUUUUGAUAUGCAGGAUUUUCUUAUGAGAUGUACCUUGGAUUCCAUAUUCAAAGUUGGGUUUGGAAUAGAGCUGAAUUGCCUGGAGGAGUCGAGCAAAUCGGGGAUAGGAUUUAUGAAGGCUUUUGAUGAGUCAACUGCUCUAACUUACCGGCGAUAUGUUGAUCCAUUCUGGAAAGUUAAAAGAUUUCUCAACAUUGGUUCUGAGGCCAGUCUUAGAAAUUAUGUCAAAGUCAUUCAUGAUUUUGUGGACCAUCUAAUCAGGAGCAAGAGGAAAUUGCUGGAUGAGGAGAAAGAUGGUAAUGACAAGGAGGAUAUACUAUCAAGGUUCCUUGUGGAAAGUGAGAAGGAUCCGGAGCAAAUGACUGACAAAUAUCUAAGGGAUAUAGUUCUGAAUUUUAUGAUUGCUGGCAAAGAUACAAGUGCAAAUACACUCUCAUGGUUCUUCUACAUGCUCAGCAAGAACCCUCUAAUACAGGAGAAAGUUGCACAAGAAGUGAGGGAUGUUGUAGGUCUGGAUCAUGAAGCCAACAUUGAUGAAUUUUUGGCCAAAAUAACUGAUGCAGCUCUUGAUAAAAUGCACUAUCUUCAUGCUACACUAACUGAGACUUUGAGGCUAUAUCCUGCAGUUCCCCUGGAUGGGAGAUCUGCCGAGACAGAUGACAUUCUUCCUGAUGGCUUCAGAGUGAAAAAAGGAGAUCGAAUAACCUAUAUGGCUUAUGCCAUGGGAAGAAUGCCUUACAUCUGGGGAAAAGAUGCUGAGGAUUUCCGACCUGAAAGAUGGCUCGAGAAUGGAAUAUUCAAGCCAGAGUCACCUUUCAAAUUCGUUGCAUUUCAUGCAGGGCCUCGGAUCUGUCUAGGGAAGGACUUUGCUUACCGACAGAUGAAGAUAGUAGCAAUGGCUCUUCUCUGGUCCUUCCGCUUCAAAUUGGCUGAUGAAACGAAGAACGUAACCUAUAGAACCAUGUUCACUCUUCACAUGGAUGGCAGCCUCACUAUGCUUGCAGUUCCAAGGAAAUUUUGA